UGUCGUUUGCUGCCACUUCAAGGGGGAAUUACUAUACCAGACUUCUGGCGUCAUCUCUCCGGUUACAACCACUCCUGUCGUAUCCAAAGCACUCGACCAGAUUUCUCUCAGCCAUGCCGCAAGAGGCAGCAAAAGUCACCCAAUCCAAUGACAAUCAUAAUUCUCAGCCAGUUCCUAACCAUCAAACGCUAGCUCUGCCAUCUAGCGAAGAUGACCCGAUCAUCCGGCAAAGAUACCGCCCAUUUAUCCUAAGCGAUACCACUGGCACCUGGAUCGAUAACCUCGAGCUGACCACGGCUCUGGACAUGGCGGCGAAGAACCUUCAAGAUACCAAUGAGAGGCUUCGAGUCCUAGUCCUUUACGGCAGCCUCCGACGGCGGUCAUAUUCUCGCUUAGUGGCUUACGAAGCAUCUCGCAUCCUGUUCCGGCUGGGCUGUGAUGUCCGCAUCUUCGAUCCGGACGGUCUUCCCGUGAAAAACGACCAUGACCAUAACCAUCCCAAGGUCCAAGAGCUCCGGGAGCUGAGUGCGUGGAGUGAUGGGCAUGUCUGGGUCUCACCGGAGCAGCACGGCAAUCUGACGGCCGUUUUCAAGAAUCAAAUCGACUGGAUCCCGUUAAGCACGGGUAGCAUACGUCCGACUCAGGGUCGCACGCUUGCCAUCGCGCAGGUAUGUGGCGGAUCGCAGUCCUUCAAUGCCGUCAACUCGCUGCGUAUCCUGGGGCGCUGGAUGCGCAUGUUUACGAUUCCGAACCAGUCCUCGAUUCCAAAGGCCUAUACGCAGUUUCCUGAUGAAGGCCAUCCCGGAAAUCAACACCUCCUCCCGAGUGGGAACCGGGAUCGCUUAGUGGACUGUAUGGAGGAGUUUGUCAAAUACACUAUUCUCAUGCGGCCGCAUAUGGGGCUUUUCGGGGAUCGGUUCAGUGAGCGGGAAGAGAAGAGACGCAGAGACUGAUAAUAGAGCAUGGAGUUUCUGUGAGUGCAUGUAUAUAUGUUUGACAGUGGAAGGAAAUCGUAGUACAUAUAUAGAUU